UUGACUUAUACUUCUUAGGAGAGAACUGUCUUAGACCUCUCCAAGUCAGUUUCCUUCUUUUUGCAAGAGUAAGAGUGCAACAUACCUUGGAAUAAAGAGAAUUAUCAAGGCAAAGGGCAGCUGCACUGGCUGAAGUUGGAGUGAAGAAACAACUCAUAAAGUCUCAGUGCAUCCAGACCCUUGUUUGUGGAUUGUGUGCGCACUUCUACCAGUAAGCUGACUGUUGGGCUUGAUCAGGGACAUCUGAAUUGCUUGAAGACUCCAGUGGGUGAUCUUUGGUUGAAGAACUGUCACCAAAAUUGGGGAGUAGAAUACAAACUCCAGAACCCAAGAAAAAAACAAGAAAGAAACAAAUGCAAGGGUUCUCUGCUUGAGCUCAGUGUUUUUUACAAUGUCUUGGGAGGACUCCAGGACGUCAGUACUUCUGCUGGCCAGCAUUCUGUUGCUGAUCUUGCAAAGAUUGGCAGCGUCCCACCUUAUGAUGGAUAUGGCUCUACAUUCCUUUGAUGACCAGUACCUGGGUUGCAGAGAGCAGAUGAUGGAAGAACUGGAGAGGGGAGACUACUUCCAGAAGGAAAUAGCUGCUAGUAAGAACUAUUUGAACCUCUGGAAGAAGGCUCAGGAAGCUUUGCUGAAGAGCCCUGUAGGCCUCCUGAGGGAGAUGCAUGAUAGUCAUGCCACCGUCCUCAUGGCUUACACCAUGAAUUCUUCCCUGCACUCUCAGCUGAACUGGGCCACAUCCACAGCAGGACGGUCUCCAGAGCAUUACAGACACAACUUCAGCUAUAAAUAUUUUCACUUUUACCUAACGACAGCUAUCCAGAUAAUGAAGCAGUGGCAGAGCAGCAAGGACAGCGUGGGGAAACGUCACUGCUACCGGGUGCACAGGGGUGUGAAGGACUUAUAUAUUGAGGCUGCAGUUGGCAGCAUGGUGAGAUUUGGCCGUUUCACCUCCACCUCUCGCCUCUGGAAUGAAGCCCAGAAAUUUGGGAAUGAAACUUUGUUUACGGUGACAACCUGCCUGGGAGCAGCUAUGCAAGGCUUUUCUUACUACACAUCUGAGAAGGAAGUCCUCAUUCCCCCUUAUGAGAUAUUCCUUGUCAAAAACUUCUUUCGGACACAGCAUGGUAACCGGCUCCACCUGCAUUCCGUGGGGAACUACAGCAAGUACCGCUGCCAGCUCUUGGAAGCUUCAAGAAUCAAGAACAGUGGAUCUACUGCCUCUGCCUCCGUCAUUCUUUUUAUUGUAGUUGGAAUUUUAUUGUGCUGGGCCAGUAGUUUGUUCCUGAAGAAUGGCACUGAGUGACCUCCUUUACCCAGAAAACCCCAGGAGACGACAAGAACUGAUCCAUCUGCACCGGG